ACGGCCCGUAUCCGCGUAGAAUAGUAAUUUGUCCGCGGCGUUUUUUUUCCUACGCCAGACGAACACAGACGAAGAUCAGCCAGAGAGAUUGAUAACGAGUGAAGCGAUAGCGAAUGGGCGUGUGAGACGUGAGACAGGUCUUCUCCGUCGCGACGUGCCCAGUUUGUUUGUUGAUCUCUCCAUUUUCCACUUUUGUCGAGAUCAUUCUGUCAAGAGAUGGACGCGAACAGCGAGCAGCCGGCCGCGAUCGCGGCCACCGAAUCUGCCUCCGCCAACGAGCAGGAGCACAAUGACGAGGCAAUGGAGGAGACAGAGGAGUACAGCUAUGAGGGCGAUGAUUACAGGCACUUCAUGCCGCGCGGCCGAGGCGGCUUUCGGGGUCGUGGCAGAGGUGGGUUUGAUUUCCCUAUGAGAGGUGGGUCCCCAAGGUUUAGAGGAAGAGGAUUUGGACCCCGUGGGCCAAUGUUCCGUGGAGCAAACAAUGGCUUUCCUUUCGAAGCUCCACCAAGACCAAAUUGUCCGCCUGGUCCAGCAGGACCAAGAUUUCGAGGACCACCGCCGUUUGAUCCCAGCUGGGGACCGAUGGGACCUCCUAAUUUCAUGGGACCUCCUAACUUGAUGGGACCUCCAGGAAUGCCACCACCACAUAUGAUGAAUGGUCCUAUGGGUGCAGGACCAGGUCCAUAUGGACCACCUCCUGGAAUGGGGCCACCUAACAUGAAUAGCAUUCCAGGACAACAGCAGCCACCCCAACAAGCACAACAGCAAGCAAACAUUCCAGGUCUAGAUCUCAACGGAGAAGUAUGGGUAGAGACGAAAGCGGCUGAUGGCAAGUCGUAUUAUUACAAUAUUCGUACGAGAGAUACCACAUGGACUAAACCAGAGGGACCAAAUGUAAAGGUCAUGGUACAAGAUCAGUUGGAACAGUUAGUACAUGGCGCGUCAAAACAAGCGGCAACACGUUCUACCACACCUACUCCGUCAAGUAGUACACCGACCAAGAUUAGUGAAAACAGAAUCUCUCAAGGCGGUGAACAAUCGUCUUCUAAUAAUACAGAUGCUAUUAAUCAAUUAAGUACAGCACCUCCCGGCACCGGACCACCACCUACAUUGAAUGAUGCACCAGAUGUCAGUAAUCAAACAUCUGAAACAAAUCAAUCAAAUGGCACAGCACCCACGACAGUUACCAAUACGCCACCAAUAAAUACACCGGCGGUAAAUACGAACAUGAUGCAACCGCCGCCAAAUAUGAUCCCUAUGCAGCAUAGAAUGCCAAAUCAGUUUGGUAAUCCGAUUGCAACGCAAUUCGGAGCGACGCCCUUUGGGAUGCCACCACCUGGUUUCCAACCUUUUGGCGGUUAUGGGCCACCACAAACAAAUUGGGGUAUGCCACAAAUGCCUCAUGGUGUAAUGACACCUCAAACACCUGCUGAAGAUCCUGCUAUACUAGCACAACUUGAUUCUGAAUUAGUAGCAGCUGCUAUGGUCUGGACCGAGCAUCGUGCACCAGAUGGCAGAUUUUAUUACUACAAUAGUAAAGCAGGAGAAUCAGUAUGGGAAAAACCACAAGCCUUGAAAGAUCUAGAAAAUGCGAAAUUAACAUUACGGCAGAAAAAUGAAGAAGCAACUGCUGUUCCUACCAGUACCGCUAUUACAACUACUGUCGUUACCAACAAUAGUACUACGGUUGAACCUAGCAAACAAGAAAAGCCGCCAGAGAACGUUCACGAAACCAAAGAUAGCACAAAAGAUGCUGAUAGCGCUAAACCGAAGAAAGAGGAAAAUACUACAAAGGAACCUGCAAAACCUCAAGACAAGUCUAGACCAAUUUCUAGUACGCCAGUGCCUGGAACUCCAUGGUGCGUCGUUUGGACGGGAGACGGACGAGUAUUUUUCUAUAAUCCUUCUUCGAGGAUAUCAGUUUGGGAAAGGCCGGAUGAUCUCGUUGGCCGCCAGGAUGUGGACAAGAUGAUCUCAACGCCACCAGAUGCGGUUGGUGCUACGAAACCAGCACGUCAGUCGGAUACCAGCGAAAGCAGCGAUGAUGAUCAGCCCACACCAGCCAAAAAGAUAAAACACGAAGAUACUAAAACCACACCCGUCAAGGAAGAGGAAGAGAAAGAAGGAAAAAAGACCAUCGACAUCGGUAAGGAAGCUGCGAUAGAGGCGGAAGUGAGAGCAGCGAGGGAGAGGGCAAUAGUUCCAUUGGAAACGAGGAUCAAAUCAUUCAGAGAUAUGCUUGCAGAGAAAGAUGUAUCUGCAUUCAGUACUUGGGAAAAAGAACUUCAUAAAAUAGUAUUUGAUCCACGCUAUUUACUUCUAACGUCAAAGGAAAGGAAACAGGUCUUCGAGAAAUAUGUAAAGGAGAGAGCGGAAGAAGAAAGGCGAGAAAAGAGGAAUAAGAUGAAAGAACGAAAAGAACAAUUCCAGAAGCUUUUAGAAGAGGCAGGACUUCAUGGAAAAUCAUCAUUUAGCGAUUUUGCUCAAAAACAUGGAAGGGAUGAACGAUUUAAGAAUGUAGAAAAGAUGCGCGAACGAGAAAGCCUUUUCAACGAAUAUCUUCUGGAAGUGCGAAAAAAGGAGAAAGAGGAAAAAACGGCGAAACGAGAACAGGUAAAAAAGGAAUUCUUUACGAUGCUACGUGAGCACAAAGACAUCGACAGGCAUUCGCAUUGGAGCGAUUGCAAGAAAAAAUUGGAAACGGAUUGGAGAUACAGAGUCGUAGAAUCGGCAAGCACGCGGGAAGAUUGGUUUAGAGAUUACGUUCGCCUGCUGAAGGAUGAGCGGAAAAAGGAAAAGGAGAAAGACAAAGACCAUCGGCACAGAGAGAAAGAUCACAAGACGGACAAGAAGGACAGAGAUCGUAAGGAUUCGGAUAAAGGUAAAGAAACAAAGUCCAGCAAGGACAAAGCCGAUAAAGAUAAUACAAGGGAAAAAAAGCAACGAAAAAACGAUGCUCCCCUGGAGGAAAAUGAAAAGGAGAAAAAAGAGGCAGUGGUAGAAAAAGAGAGCGGAGAAAUUGAAGAAAGCGACGACAAAAGCAUUAAAAAAGAAAAUGACAAGGAAGAGGGAGAUGACCAUUCCGAUUCGGAGGAGGACCGUGAGAAACAGAAAAGGGAACGUGAAAGACGAGCAGAAGCUAGUCUUAGAGAGAGAGAAAGAGAAGUGCAAAGGACUUUAGCUACACAUCUUCGCGAUAGGGAUAAGGAAAGGCAACAUCAUCGCCACACAGAGGCGGUUCAACAUUUCAGCGCUCUCCUUGCUGAUUUGGUAAGAAAUGGCGAUCUGGCUUGGAGAGAAGCGAAACGACAAUUGAGGAAGGACCAUAGGUGGGAGUUGGCGGAAAGUUUAGAUCGCGAGGAGAAAGAACGUUUAUUUAACGAACACAUUGAACAAUUGGGCCGUAAGAAGCGCGAUAAAUUUCGGGAAUUACUCGACGAAGUAGGCGCGUCGACUGAAUUAACGGCAUCUUGGAAAGAUAUCAAGAAAUCGUUGAAAGAUGAUCCUAGAUACUUGAAAUUUUCUUCUAGUGAUCGAAAAUGCGAGAAAGAAUUUAAGGAAUAUAUUAAGGACAAACUUGUCGCUGCCAAAGCCGAUUUCAGGGAACUCCUACAGGAAACAAAACUGAUCACUGACAAAACGUACAAAAAAGUUCAAGAGAAUAGCUCACAUCUAGCAGAGAUCGAAGAAAUUCUUCGAAAAGAUCGUCGAUUUCUCGUGCUCGAGGCUACAGCCGCUGAACGGACACGAUUAUUAAUGGGCUAUCUGGAAGAAUUAGCACGUAGAGGUCCUCCGCCACCUCCUACUGCUUCGGAACCAUCGAGAAGAUCAACUACAAAUUGAAGAAUGAUCUACAUCGAAAUGCGGUACACAUAUGAUGACACAUAACAGUAA